GGAUGGCGUCUCCUGCUAUCGCUCUGGCCUUUCUUCCCCUCCUGCUGACACUGCUCAUCAGGUACCGGUACUACUUUGUGCUGUUCUACCGGGCGGUCCUGGUAAGGAUAUGGAAAGACUGUGUUACAGGUCUGAGCAGAGAGGAGCGAGUCUUCCAGUAUGUCCUCACUCAUGCCAUCCCCGGAGACCCAGACAGCAUCCUGGAUGCAUUCGAUGCCUGGUGCAGUAAGGUGGAAUACAUCAGCAACAUUGGGCCUAAAAAGGGAAAGAUCCUGGAUCGGCUUCUGAUGGAGCAGAGCCCUCUGACAGUGCUUGAGCUAGGUGCCCACUGUGGGUACAGCACUGUACGGAUCGCCAGGGCUCUGCCCCUAGGUGCCAGGCUCUACAGUAUUGAGAUGGAUCAGAGGAAUGCUGCCAUUGCGGAGAAGGUCAUCCGCCUGGCAGGUUUCGAUGAUGACAUGGUGGAGCUCAUCAUGAAUCCAUCCGACGAGGUCAUCCCACGUCUGCGGUCUGAUUACGGGUUGGAAAAGCUGGACUUUGUCUUCAUGGACCACUGGAAGAAAUGCUACGCCCCAGAUUUGCAGAUGCUGGAAGGAUCUGGCCUCCUGGGAAAAGGGACCAUGAUUGUGGCGGACAAUGUGCUGUUUCCUGGGGCUCCAAAGUUCUUGAGACACAUUCGUAAGAGUGGCCUGUAUGAGUGGAAGGUUCACCGGGCCACACUGGAGUACAGCACAGGCAUCAGGGAUGGGAUGGCUGAGCUGGUGUAUCAGGGCAUUAAGUAGAUGAUGCAGACUGGGAUCUGCAAGUCUUACACAGUUUAAGGUUUAAGAAGUAGCAAGGAAAGGGAGGAAUUGAUAUUAGUCAAACUAUUUGCAAAGAAAAUUAUGAUGAUAGUUCCCUGAAUGAACUGAUAGCUGAAAUGAAUCAUAGCUCAACUCAAGAAACUGUUUGAUCAUCUUUUAGGAUCUUGUACUGCCAGCGCCCUCUGCUGUACAAAUAGAGAAAGGAGAGGAGAGAGGACAUAAACAGUUGAACAACCCUAAAUUAAACUUUGCUGGCCUCUAUAUAAAAAUAUCUAUCUUCUAGCAUUGCUGGGGAUCUUUUUUCCUUCUAAUAAUCCCUGACAUGAUCUUAUUUAAUUGGAGAAAUAGUAUCAGAAGGGGUUCUUAAAUCGUUUUAAAGCAUCACGACAUGUGUAAAAAGUUGAAGAUAAAAGUGAACUUAUUAAAUUGAGCUGAUUAAGCCAAAUUAUUUAAUUUUUCUGAUAUUUAAUAGGCGUUGUUAAUGUUCAGCUUUUAUAUGAAACUGUUGUACAUACUCUAUUAAACAUGACUCCAAUGUGUUUGAGUUAAAAACAUUAGCCAUCCUAAACCCAACACACACGCUUUCCUACAAUUUUGCAUUUUCUUAUAAAUGACAAACUCAGGAGAAGAAAAUAGUAACAUAAGGUUUCAUCAAAAGUAUUUAAUUGUUCAAUUCAAUAUAAAUUAUUCAAGCUCUGGUUAGUAAACCGUUAACUUAAACAUGAGAAGAGAAGAUGGAUAUAGUGCUGUAUUCACAUUUCAAUGUACAUUGUUCAGUAGAAAUGGCUGCUUUUACUUUCACUUACAUUGUUAAAAAAUAUUAAAAAUAUUACUUGAACAUAAUAACAUUUUGCAAAGUUUAAAAAUGAUGUUUGUAACAAAAGACUUGCAGGAUUAAA